UAUUUCUAUCUUCGGACUUAUCCCUUCAUCCCUGAUCUCCUUCAUCCCCUCCAAUCCUCAUCUGUUCCCCACAGGAGGACAGGAGAGAGAAAGAGAGAGUUUUCACAGGUUGCCUGCAACCAGUCUGUGGGUGAAAGCGUAAGAGGAAAGAGAGAAAGAGAAGGAUAGGAGGGCUGACUUGAGGAUUGUGGGACAUAAAAAGCUGCUCCAAAGGACUACUGAGGCAGAAAAGCCAAAGAAAAAGAAGAAGGACCACAUUUUGUGUGGAAAGGUGAGUGAUUUUGGGCCACUUUGGUAGCAAAUUCUUCUGGGCACAUACGUGGAACUACACGGAACUACAUUGACUCCUCUGAUGAUUACGAACAUGGACCCAUAUCAUCAUGGACACUAUCUCUGUAUUCUCAUCCAUGAUAAGAUUUCACAGUUGAAAGAUUGGAACUUCAUCUGAUUUGCAGUACGGGCCAAUGGAUUGAUUAUGAGCGAAAUAAACGACUCAAGGGUUGGUCAAUGACAAGAAGUAGUAAAUGGAGUUCUCAGCGGUGCUCAUUUCCAUCUGAUAAUGAAUUCUAAUGGCAUGCAUGCAACAAGUGUGCCGUAGUCCAAGGAAAACUUGUUGACUGCUGUCUUUGCAAGUGAGAAAGAGAGAGAGGGAGAGAGAGAGAGAGAGAGAACUGGUAGGAUGGGUGAAAGAGAGAGAGAGAGGCAGAGAGAAUAGGUUUUUUAUGGCGGUCACCAGUAGGUAAUGACAGUGACGUCAUUGAGUGCUUUUCUUCUCAGAAUCCGUUUAAUUUAUUGGGUAACAACAGCAACGGCAUUAUCAGCAUUAUCAUGAAGGUUGCAAAACCUCCCUGAUUGAUUCUAGAGAUCCAGUAAAAGAGGAACAACAUAAAAAAAUCACGAGUGAAAGCAGCAAACUUCAGAACUUGUGCAUAACUUUAUAUCACAUUUUUGCAGGUGGCAAUGUCUUACAGAUAUUGAUUUUAUGCAUUGAAGUCUUCUUUAAUUCUGCAGACGUGCUAAUAUAAUGGUGCACGUCUAGAGUACUUCUAUCUAGACAAACACCACUCUUUCUCUCUUCUCCCCUCUCUCGCUCCCCCUUUCUGAUCCAGUGGUAAAGGACAGUCAGUAAUCGGAUGACAGGAGAUUUGACUGGAAAAGCCUACCUUAAGAUCCUCUGCUGGGGCUUUAAAGCUCUCUUCCCACUGGGCACAGACGUAAUUUCGUCUAGUUUUGAUUUACAUUUGAUUGAGUUGUCAACUAAUGUGAAUUCAACAUGAAAUCAACUAGAACAGUGUCAUUGGAUUUAGGUUAAAAAUUGGGUGAAAAAAAGUAAAGAAAAUCAGAAAUUCCUUUACAUUGAUGACUUUUUCCAUGUUGAUUCAACGUCAUCGCAUUGAUUUUUUGUCGUUGAAAUGACAUGGAAACAACGUUGAUUCAACCAGUUUGUGCUCAGUAAGUUGUGCCCACCCCUCCUCGCCCUCUGUCUCCCUGGCUCUCAUCAUGGGUCAAACAACCUACUGAACAGAGUAGCCUAUGCUUUGUUCAACGCGUGAACAAUUGUUUCUGUGAAAGUAAUACCCUUUGUUAAUACUGUAUUUGCAGGGAUGUGUGCUGUAGUAGUUGGAUUAGUUUUUUUUCGAGAUUUGUUGUUAACCUUUAAACGGUUUAGAAAGUGGUGUGUGUUGGUAAUUGGCCUCCAAUUAUGAAAACGUCAGCAUCCAAUUAAAGAGUAUUAGGGUCAUAAAGUAAUUACCUCUUAGUCAUGAAAUAUUCUCUCUUAAAAGGCAUUGAAAGUCAGAGUGAAGGGUGAGAAAAUAAGGUUAAUGGUCAAUUGUGUCUUAAACUUGUUUUAAUUCUAACACAAAAGAAGAAGAAUUUAAGUAAUGAAUAGGAAAAUAAAAGUAAAAAAGUAAAGUUGUAAAGUUGUGAUAAAUGAGGCAAUCUAAGUAAAAAUGGCAAGUACUCUCGAAAGACAGACAACACUUCCAUAAUGAACUAUAAAAAAACAAAAUGGCUGUCUAUGUUACAGAUAAAAUGGCCAGUAAUUUGCCUUAUUCUUCAGAUAGGUGAAGGUAGAGCUUGGAUAUGUCACUAAUUCUGCAUAUUAGACUUCUAGCACAGAGGAUGUGGGAUUAUACCUCAUACCAUACUCAAGAAGGCCAAUCUAGGCUCUUGCACCAGACUAGAUGACGAAGCACCUGAGUGGUUUCGUUUAGGGAGACAGGGGCCCUGGGGGGGUUACUGGAGCAAUGAGUCCAGUUAUGUUCUCCUCAAACAGGUGGCCACUGUUUAUACAGUGGGGAGAACAAGUAUUUGAUACACUGCCAAUUUUGCAGGUUUUCCUACUUACAAAGCAUGUAGAGGUCUGUACUUUUUAUCAUAGGUACACUUCAACUGUGAGAGACGGAAUCUAAAACAAAAAUCCAGAAAAUCACAUUGUAUGAUUUUUAAGUAAUUAAUUUGCAUUUUAUUGCAUGACAUAAGUAUUUGAUACAUCAGAAAAGCAGAACUUAAUAUUUGGUACAGAAACCUUUGUUUGCAAUUACAGAGAUCAUAAGUUUCCUGUAGGUCUUGACCAGGUUUGCACACACUGCAUACAGACCUUCUCCAGAUCCUUCAGGUUUCGGGGCUGUCGCUGGGCAAUACGGACUUUCAGCUCCCUCCAAAGAUUUUCUAUUGGGUUCAGGUCUGGAGACUGGCUAGGCCACUCCAGGACCUUGAGAUGCUUCUUACGGAGCCACUCCUUAGUUGCCCUGGCUGUGUGUUUCGGGUCGUUGUCAUGCUGGAAGACCCAGCCACGACCCAUCUUCAAUGCUCUUACUGAGGGAAGGAGGUUGUUGGCCAAGAUCUCGCAAUACAUGGCCCCAUCCAUCCUCCCCGCAAUACGGUGCAGUCGUCCUGUCCCCUUUGCAGAAAAGAAUCCCCAAAGAAUGACCUUCUCCCAUUCCUCCUCUGGAUCAUCCAGAUGGUCAUUGGCAAACUUCAGACGGGCCUGGACAUGCGCUGGCUUGAGCAGGGGGACCUUGCGUGCGCUGCAGGAUUUUAAUCCAUGACGGCGUAGUGUGUUACUAAUGGUUUUCUUUGAGACUGUGGUCCCAGCUCUCUUCAGGUCAUUGACCAGGUCCUGCCGUGUAGUUCUGGGCUGAUCCCUCACUUUCCUCAUGAUCAUUGAUGCCCCACGAGGUGAGAUCUUGCAUGGAGCCCCAGACCGAGGGUGAUUGACUUUCAUCUUGAACUUCUUCCAUUUUCUAAUAAUUGCGCCAACAGUUGUUGCCUUCUCACCAAGCUGCUUGCAUAUUGUCCUGUAGCCCAUCCCAGCCUUGUGCAGGUCUACAAUUUUAUCCCUGAUGUCCUUACACAGCUCUCUGGUCUUGGCCAUUGUGGAGAGGUUGGAGUCUGUUUGAUUGAGUGUGUGGACAGGUGUCUUUUAUACAGGUAACGAGUUCAAACAGGUGCAGUUAAUACAGGUAAUGAGUGGAGAACAGGAGGGCUUCUUAAAGAAAAACUAACAGGUCUGUGAGAGACGGAAUUCUUACUGGUAGGUAGGUGAUCAAAUACUUAUGUCAUGCAAUAAAAUGCAAAUGUAUUACUUAAAAAUCAUACAAUGUGAUUUUCUGGAUUUUUGUUUUAGAUUCCGUCUCUCACAGUUGAAGUGUACCUAUGAUUAAAAUUACAGACCUCUACAUGCUUUGUAAGUAGGAAAACCUGCAAAAUCGGCAGUGUAUCAAAUACUUGUUCUCCCCACUGUAUCUACUGCACAUAUUUGAGAACAUGAAUUCUUAGUUCUAUUUAAGGUCUUCAUUAUAUUAUUGAGUUCUACAUUAUAUACAUUUUACAAUGAGGACAGCAUUUUUGCCAAGCCUUGAUCUGUAUAAAUAUGUAUGCAAUCAAAUAAGUUCUAAACAGAAAACAUUAUUUCAUUUUCUCUUUCUCCCUUUCUUCUAGUCUGCUAGUUUUUUUCUCCAGCGGUAACAGCCCCUAUCAACCGUUGCCAUGGGUGAAAUGGACACGUUGAAAAAGGAGGCUGAUGGUCUCAAGGCACAGAUUGAAGUGAGUCUUGCUAUCACAGCAUGGCAAUCUGUAGGUACUGUACAUUAAUGAUUGUGCAUUAUUGGUGCUAUGAUUCCUAGUUAUUUAUCCGAUGAUGAGAUAUUUUUUGACUGGGGGUGAUAUUCAAUAUCACCCCCAGUCAAAAAAGAUCUCAUCAUCGGAUAAAUAACUAGGAAUCAUAGCACCAAUAAUGCACAAUCAUUAAUGUACAGUACCUACAGAGUUGGUAACGUAUAGCAUACAUUUCGUUUCCUCCACAUACCAAAACUGACAUUGAGCUAAAGUUAUACUAAGACAUUGUAAGCAGUGUCUGGUUCCUGAAAAAUGAAAAUACAACAGAAGUAUGGAGAACAUUCCAAACAAUUUAUGCUUAUUUUUCUACAAAUAUUUGACUCUUCACUUAACUUAUUCCUCUCCUACCUGUAAAUCCCCUUCCCACCACUAGGCAGCCCGCAAGGCGGUCAAUGACACCACCAUGGCCGCUGUAGCAUCUGGUGUGGCGGCUGCACCCCGUGUCCAGCUGAAGAACAGAAAGACGCUGAAGGGCCACUUGGCCAAAAUCUACGGCUUGCACUGGUCCGCUGAUAACAGGUGAGAAGGCGUUCUUGUCCAGAUAGCUGAGAAUGGGAAUAGCGUCAGGGACAGCCCAGCUCACCAUAGACACCCCGUCACUACCACUAGCCAGUGUGAUAUAGGGACUAAUGAACAACAUAGAGAAGGUCUACCUUGAGUAAGAUAGAGAAGGUUGAUACAAGGGGUUGUCUGAUGCGCCACUCAAACCAAAUGGACUCUGACAUCGAAAAGUCCCAUUGUGUAAUGUGUCCACAAUGACAUGCAGGUGUUAUGGGGUUCAAUGAAAAGGCUUUUGAAAGGCCUUCAUUGUUUCAAAUGUUGCAUUGUAGCAAGUAUUAAGCCAGAUUCAUACUGGACCUCGUGCCUAAACCCUGUUCACACAGAAUUUGAUACACUGACUGACCACUUGUUUAACUUUAUUUUUCUCUCCAACAGGCACAUGGUGAGUGCCUCACAGGAUGGCAAGCUUCUUAUUUGGGACACCUACACUGGCAAUAAGGUAAGGAGGGAUCACUAAUCAGUCAUCAUCUUCACAUCUCUAACUGUUUUCAUAAUAAUGCAUAGGAUUUAUAUGGAGAGUUUUCCACUUGGUUUGCAAAUGCAUGGAGUAAAUCCCUCCUUCAACCACCGAUGUGUAGAAGCAGUAACCACUUUUCUUUCAGAUUGUCUUGACUUUGACUACACACUACACACUCUAGGAAUGUAUUUAUAUGAUAAAAGUCAGCUAGUUUGGUAUCUUAAGUCUUCUAACCUUGAGACAAAGCGAACUAGAAAGUGAGUGGUUAAGCAUUCUUGUCCCUGCCCUCCAGGUUUAUGCCAUCCCCCUCAAGUCCUCCUGGGUAAUGAGUUGCUCCAUGGCCCCUUCUGGCAAUCUGGUGGCCAGCGGAGGCCUGGAUAACAUGUGCACCGUCGUCAACAUCAAGGCUGCCAGCCCAAAGACCCUCAGGGAGCUGGAUGCACAUGAAGGUAGGUUUCAUAGUACACUGUCUGCUUCACCCAAGUUAUCAUCAACUCCGAUACCAACUGGGUUACGGUCAACUCCGUGACCAACUGGGUUAUGGUCAACUCGUGACCAACUGGGUUAUGGUCAACUCUGUGACCAACUACAAGAGAAUUCAUUACAAUCGUGUUCAUAAAUUGGAUGAGCUACAAAUAUGUAGGAAAUAAGAAGAACAAACGAUAACAUCUCUAUCUUUCUCCUUCCAUCUCAGGCUACCUUUCUCAUAGCCGCUUCCUGAGCGACACUGAGCUCCUCACUGCAUCCGGUGACACCACUUGUUGCCUGUGGGAUCUGGAGACUGGAAAGCAGAAGGUGAUCUACAAGAGCCACGUGGGUGACUGUAUGUGCCUGGCCGUGUCUCCAGACCAGAACACUUUCAUCUCAGGGGCCUGUGACUCCACCGCCAAGCUGUGGGACAUAAGAGAUGGUGGCUGCAAGCAGACCUUCAUCGGCCACACAAGUGACAUUAACGCCAUUGCGGUGAGCACAUAAGACACAGCCCUGAGUUUUUCCUGGUCAGAAUGACUCUGAAUUAUCUAUAUAUAUUGUAGUGACCUUAACCCAACAACUAGCGACCUUGUCAAGGUGUUGGGUUGCAGUCACAAGAUUCUGGGUUCAAACUCCGGUUGAGACUACCCCCUGACUUCAAUAUAAGCCAAGCAGGAGCAGAGUGCGAUCCAAAAUCUAAACAUAAUUUAGCUACACAACACCAAAUCUGUACUCUGCUAACUCAGUCAACUCACCGGGCAAACUAACCUUCAAGCUCAAUAAACAAAACAAAACAAAACAAAACAUACUGAAAUGGCCUUCUCCUCUUUUCUUCAUACCCCAGUUCUACCCUAGUGGCACUGCAGUUAUCACAGGUUCCGAUGACUGCACCCUCAAGAUGUACGACCUCCGUGCUGACCAGGAGGUCAAUGGCUACCAGGACGCUGCAUUGAAUGCUGGCGUCACGUCAGUCUCCCUCUCCAGCUCAGGACGCCUCAUCUUCGCUGGCUACGACAACUUUAACUGCAACAUCUGGGAUUCUCUGAAGGCCGAGAAAGUCGGUGAGUAAAAGUGUGAGAGAAAUGUGUGAGAGAGAGGGGAGAGGACUGAGGGGAUGGGUGAAAAGGAGUGGGUAGAGACAGAGACAAACAAAGAGAGAACAGUCAAUGUAAAGAGAGGGAGGCAGAAUAGGAGAUAGAUGGCAUGAGUGAAAAAUCUGCCGAUGUGCCCUUGAGCAAGGCACGUAACCCUAAUUGCUCCUGUAAGUCGCUCUGGAUAGGAGCAUCUGCUAAAUGACUAAAAUGUCAAUGUAAAUAAGUGGGUGGUUUAAACAGAGGCAAUAAAAGGGAGAAAACAUAUAGUCAAAGAAGUCUGGAUGAGAGGCAGUCAAUCAAAGAAACAUGGGUAAAAAGGGAAUAGAAACUAGAACUGCAUCAUUUGCAUCAGUGUGGAUGACUAUCUUCUUCUUCUUCUUCUCUCAUCUCUCUCUCUCUCUCUCUCUCUCUCUCUCUCUCUCUCUCUCUCUCUCUCUCUCUCUCUCUCUCUCUCUCUCUCUCUCAGGUGUUCUGUCUGGCCAUGACAACAGAGUGAGCUGCAUUGGGGUGCCAGACGAUGGAUUGGGUGUCUGCACAGGAUCCUGGGAUAGCUUCCUAAAGAUCUGGAACUGAGCUGAUCCUCCAGAGGCGACAUUGGGAAAGAGAGAG